AUGGAAGACGACAGCACAGACAACUACCGGGUGAAGGAUAUCAUCUUCUUUGGAGCCGAGCGCCGUAUUCUUUUGCAGAGCAAGAACGGUCCUUGUCCCCUCCUUGCCAUUUGCAAUGUUCUCCUGCUGCGUAACGUGUUGAAGAUCAACCCAGACCUCAGGUAUGUCACUUUCAUGGAGUUGGUCCAGAUGGUGUCGGAUUGGCUUUUCGAAGCCAAUUCCAAAGACAGUGGUGGCGACAGUUCACGAGCUGCGAAUCUUCGAGAAAGUCUGAAUUCGUGUUUGGAAGUAUUGCCAAAACUCAAUGUCGGUUUGGAUGUGAACUGCCGCUUUGGAGGUGUGGCUGAUUUUGAGUACACACAGGAAACCACAGUGUUCGACAUGCUGGACAUCGCUUUGUUUCAUGGCUGGAUCAUUGCAAAGGAGGACACGCAGUCGCACGAAGUGUUGGGCAACCUCUCGUACAACCAAGUGGUGGAAAGACUCAUAGCCUACGAGGAGUUGCAGCAAAAGCUUCGUGAUGAUGGAGGCGAAACAAGUCCUGGCACGGGGAGGAUCCUUGAGGACGGCUUGCUGAUCAAGGAGUUCCUAGAUCGUACUCAGACCCAGAUUUCGCAGGAAGGGCUUGUGGCUCUACAGCAAGCUGUUCGGGAACGACAACUCGCCGUGUUUUUCCGCAACUCUCAUUUCAACACGAUGCUGAAGUUCGAUGGUCAGCUUUACUUGCUUUGUACAGACAUUGCAUUUUCCAAUUCGGAAGUCGUUUGGGAGAGGUUUGACAAGGUUGAUGGAGAUACUGACUAUGUUGACGCAGAGUUUCGCUCUGGACAGCAGGCAGCCGGCGCUGUCGGAGAGGCCUAUGUUCCUGGCUCGAUGGAGGACGCGGAUGCUCAACUCGCAUGGCAAAUGAUGCAAGAGGAGCUUCGUGCACAGCAGGACGAGGAAGCCUUUGUGCAAGCGCAGGAGGCAGCUUGGCAGGAAGCACAGGCCGCUGCCAAGGCGCAGCCAAAAGCGAAGCCGAAGGCGAGGGGCGCCAUGCGCUGUUCUGCGUGUCAUUCUAAGCCAUUCUAA